AUGGUGAUUUGUUUUCUGAGAUUUGCUAAAAUCAAAAUCUACAAUGAUGUAAGGACGAUAGCAAAUGCUUUCAAUGCGUCACAACUCACAAUAAAUCCAGAGUAUGGUCAGAUUGUCGAGUUCAAGAAUAAGUUGCCAAAUGAUGGUCUUGCUCUCACUUUACUUGAGAGCAAACCAAAACGUGAGCUACAGUUAGCAAAUAAUGGAGAAUUCUACCAUCAACAUGUGAAUGGGACCAUCCAAAAUAUCUUGAACUUAAUUGAGGUUGGUAAGGUUAAGCUGAUAUAUACUAUUUACGCCAUAGACUGUGACUGGGCGUGGUACUACAUUGCAUGUAAAAAGUGUAAUAAGAAGGUUUCCAAGGUGAAGUCUACUACUAAUGAAAAUGCAUCUGUUACAAAGAAACAAAAGUGGCAGUGUGAUACUUGCAAUGCGCAAGUGACUAAUGUCUUAUCAAGGUUCAAAACACAUGUCAAGGUGAUGGAUCAAACAGGACAGAUGAAAUUAAUGCUUUUCGAUAGCCCGGCUGCUGAGAUUGUUGGUUGUACCGCUAACAGUCUAAUUGAAGGACCCUUUGAUGAGAUGGAAGAUCCAGAAAAUUUGCCAGCAACUAUCAGGAAUUUGGUUGGGAAAACUUACCAGUUUCUGAUAAGCAUUGAAAACGACAACUUGUGGAAUGAGUUGGAUACCUACAAGGUUUCAAAAGUUCUUUCCAAGGAUGGUACUAACGAUGAUGAUGUGACUGAGAUGUCUCAUGGUGGAGAUAAUCCAACUGAUGAUAGCACCGAUGAUCAGGAGAAUCUCAUAAAGGGUGAGAUUAUGGCACAGGCAAAGAUGGCUACUGCAGGGAGGGUAAAAGGAGGCAAUGGGGCUACUUACAAGAAGAAAUGA